GGAUCUUUUUUUGAAUUUGUUUUUUUUAUUCAGAGUAAAACACGAGUCUAUUUGCUUUGAUUAUUAUUUUUAUUGUAUCUGUUAUUCUGAUUCAUUUCAUUCAGUGUUUAGUCUAAAUUAUUUUAUUGACAUCUUCUAAUUAACCAUGGCACCUGUUAUUAAUGCAGCCAUCAAAAAAGAGGAGAAAGAAAAGCCUAAAAAACCUGGUGAAAGAAGAACUGAAUUGAUUUGUCGAGUUAAAUUCAACAAUACUUUACCUGACUUUCCUUAUGACCCUAAAUUCAUCACAUAUCCUUUUGAUCCAAAUCGCUUUUCACAAUAUAAACCAACCUCUUUGGAGAAAAACCAUAAACAUGAUCUGUUAACUGAACACGAUUUAGGGGUUAAUAUUGAUUUGAUUGAUCCGGAUAUUUAUGCUAUUCCUCCCGAGUAUGCUUUAGCCGGUGGAGUGAUCCCUCUACCUAUCGAAGAUGAAAAAUUAUUGGAAGAAGAAACUGUUCCAAUGUCGGAUCAAAAGAGAUCCAGACAUCAUAAUAAAGUAGUACCUUGGCUUAAAAAGACCGAGUAUAUUUCUACUGAAUUUAACAGAUAUGGAGCUUCCAGUGAAAAAACAGAGACUAAGGUCGGUUACAAUGUUAAAAAAUUAUGGAAAGAUGAGAACCCGUACAUGGACAAAGAAUGUCAAAUUCGAGCUAUCAAUAAAACAUUUGAAGAUGCCAAAAAACCAAUUACUGAGCAUCACAGCAAGCGUGGUGUUACCCCUGUUGAAGUAUUAGAAGUAUUUCCAGAUUUCCACCUUUGGAAGUAUCCUUUCGCACAAGUACAAUUUGACGCUGACCCUGCACCUAUGUCUCAAGUAGAAGAGAUGAGUCAGGCGAUGAUUAGAGGUGUUAUGGAUGAAAGCGGAGAACAAUUUGUUGCAUACUUUUUACCAACCAAAGAAACAUUAGAGAAAAGGAAAAGGGACAAAGAUAAUGAAGUUGAUUACGUUGAUGAGGAAGAAUACGAAUAUGAUAUGGCCAGAGAGUAUAAUUGGAACGUGAAAAGUAAAUCAUCCAAGGGUUAUGAAGAGAACUACUUUUUCGUUUUUCGUGAUGAAGGAGUAUUUUAUAACGAACUGGAAACUAGAGUGCGUUUAAGUAAGAGAAGAUCCAAGCCUGAAUCACGCGCUGCCAAUUCCAAAUUAGUCGUGAAGCAUAGACCUCUCAGUGACCAAGAGCUCAAAACUCAAGAACUUAGGCUCAGAUUAUUACAGCCACCACAGGAAGAGGAGGAAGAUGAACAAGAAGAACAAGAACAAGAGCAAGAAGAAAAAGAAGAACAUGCUGGAAGUGAAGAAAAAGAAAAAAGCGAUAAGGACGAAGAAGAGAGAGAAGGGCGCGAAGAAGAAGAAGAGGAAGAAGAGGAGGAAGAGAGCGAUAACGACGUUAAAGCAGAUAAUUCCAAAAGAAAGGAACAAAAAAAGUCAUCCUCAAGUUCAAGCGGUUCCUCAAGCUCAUCUGGAUCAUCAAGCGAAAGUGAAGAGGAUGAAGAUGCUAGAUUACGUAAAGCUGCUCAAGAUGAGGCAGAAAUUUUCGGUAGUGAUGAUGAAAGUGAUUAGUUUUGUCUCAUUUAAUUCAAAACGCAUUUCUAUUUUCAAGUUCAUUGUAAAUACUUAAAAUUCAGUUUCUCAUGUUCCUGAUCGACAGGUCUUUUAACUUGUUAGUAACAAUAAAAAUAUCCUUCCAUCUUGUCAGAA